AUGGACGUCCUGGCGUUUUGUCUGAGGCUGCAGACCGUCCUGGGCGCCUUGCUCGGCGCGGCCUCGGGCCUCGAGUUCCUGGGCACCUCGGGCCAGUGGGCGCGCUACCUCCGCUGGGACGCCAGCACGCGCGGCGACCUCAGCCUGCGCUUCAAGACGGGCGCCUCGGAGGCGCUGCUGCUCUACUUCGACGACGGCGGCUACUGUGACUACCUGCAGCUGGCGGUGGCGGAGGGGCGGCUGCGGCUGCGCUUCAGCAUCGACUGCGCCGAGACGGCGGUGGUGUCGGACCGGCGCGUGGACGACGGCCGCUGGCACCUGGCCGCGCUGAGCCGGCUCAACCUGCGCACGGCGCUGGUGCUGGACGGCCAGGCCAAGGCGGACGAGGUGCGGCCCCAGCGGCAGUACAUGAAGAUCGUCAGCGACCUGUUCCUGGGAGGCGUGCCCCAGGACAUCCGCGCCGAGGCCCUCACGCUGCCCACCGUGCGCGACGCCGCGCCCUUCCGCGGGGCGGUCGCCGACCUGAAGUACGGCAGCUCGGAGCCCGUGCUGCUGGGCAGCCUGCGGGUGGCGCUGGAGUCAGAGGGCCGCUGCACGGUCAACCGCUGUGAGAACGGGGGCAGCUGCCUGGUGGUGGACCGGGAGCCCUACUGCGACUGCUCCAAGACCGAGUACAAGGGCCGCUUCUGCAACGAAGGCCUCGCGCAUAUGAUAGCCGAACAAGCUAAAAGCAAAGGUACAGCCUUUUCACAAUCUCUCGUUUUCUACCUCUAUGAAAAGCGGCGCUUGCUAUCGAGGGAGGAGAACGUGGCCACGUUCCGCGGCUCUGAGUACUUCUGCUACGACCUGUCCCAGAACCCCAUCCAGAGCAGCAGCGACGAGAUCACGCUGUCCUUCAAGACCUGGCAGCGCAACGGCCUCAUCCUCCACACCGGCAAGUCGGCGGACUACGUGAACCUGGCGCUGAAGGACGGCGCCGUGUCCCUGGUCAUCAACCUGGGCUCCGGCGCCUUCGAGGCCAUCGUCGAGCCCGUCAACGGCAAGUUCAACGACAACGCCUGGCACGACGUCAAGGUCACCCGCAACCUCCGACAGGUGACAAUCUCGGUGGACGGGAUCCUGACCACGACGGGCUACACCCAGGAGGACUACACCAUGCUGGGCUCCGACGACUUCUUCUACGUGGGGGGCAGCCCCAGCACCGCUGACCUGCCGGGGUCCCCCGUCAGCAACAACUUCAUGGGCUGUCUGAAGGAGAGGGAGUACAGGCAUAAGGCUCUGGGCCUCACCCUGACGGUGGAGAUGCCGGUCGGCCAGGCCUGGCCCGCGCCGGUCUCUUAUCAGAGAUUGAUGGCGUCUCUGGUGUUUAUUUGGCAGCAGUCCUCGGUGCUGUCGUACGACGGCAGCAUGUACAUGAAGGUGGUGAUGCCCACCGUGAUGCACACGGAGGCGGAGGACGUCAGCCUGCGCUUCCGCUCCCAGCGCGCCUACGGCAUCCUCAUGGCAACCACGUCGCGCGACUCGGCCGACACGCUGCGUCUGGAGCUGGACGGCAGCCGCGUCAAACUCACCGUCAACCUAGACUGUAUCAGGAUAAACUGUAACUCCAGCAAAGGACCAGAGACUCUGUAUGCCGGGCAAAAACUCAAUGAUAAUGAGUGGCACACAGUCCGGGUGGUCCGCAGAGGGAAACUCUACAAGCUUACGGUUGACGAUGAUGUAGCAGAAGGGCAGAUGGCCGGCGACCACACCCGCCUGGAGUUCCACAACAUCGAGACGGGCAUCAUGACCGAGCGCCGCUUCGUCUCCAGCAUCCCCUCCAGCUUCAUCGGCCACCUGCAGAGCCUCAGGUUCAACGGUAUGUUCUACAUCGACCUGUGUAAGAACGGCGACAUCGACUACUGCGAGCUCAACGCCCGCUUCGGAGUGCGCUCCAUCAUCGCCGACCCCGUGACCUUCAAGAGCAAGAGCAGCUACCUGAGCCUGGCCACGCUGCAGGCCUACACCUCCAUGCACCUCUUCUUCCAGUUCAAGACCACCUCCCCCGACGGCUUCAUCCUCUUCAACUCGGGCGACGGCAACGACUUCAUCGCCGUGGAGCUGGUGAAAGGGUACAUCCACUACGUGUUUGACCUGGGGAACGGGCCCAACCUCAUCAAGGGCAAGAGCGACAUGGCCCUUAACGACAACCAAUGGCACAAUGUGGUCAUCACCCGGGACAACAGCAACACCCACACGCUGAAGGUCGACGCCACGGCAACCAGCCAGAGCAUCAAUGGCGCCAAGAACCUCGACCUGAAAGGAGACCUGUUCAUCGCGGGCCUGGGCCCCGGGAUGUACAGCAGCCUGCCCAAGCUGGUGGCGUCGCGGGAGGGCUUCCAGGGAUGCCUGGCCUCCGUGGACCUGAACGGCCGGCUGCCCGACCUGCUGAGCGACGCGCUGUUCCGCAGCGGGCAGAUCGAGCGCGGCUGCGAAGGUCCCAGCACCACCUGCCAGGAGGACUCCUGUGCCAACAUGGGCAUCUGCAUCCAGCAGUGGGAGAACUACACCUGUGACUGCUCCAUGACCUCCUACACCGGAACGCAGUGCAACGACCCUGGGACGACGUACAUCUUCGGGAAGGGCGGCGGGCUCAUCACCUUCCGGUGGCCGGCCAACGAGAGGCCGAGCACCCGCUCCGACCGGCUGACCGUGGGCUUCAGCACCUCGCUGAAGGAGGGCAUCCUGGUGCGCAUCGACAGCGCGCCCGGACUGGGGGACUACCUCAUGCUGCACAUACAACAAGGAAAGAUCGGGGUGACGUUCAACAUCGGUACGGUGGACAUCGUGGUCCAGGAGACGAGCACACCUGUGAACGAUGGGAAGUACCACGUGGUGCGCUUCAUCAGGAACGGAGGCAACGCCACGCUGCAGGUGGACAACUGGUCCAUCAACGAACACUUCCCAACAGGGAGCAGUGACAUUGAACGCUAUCAAAUGGCCAAUAAGAAAAUUCCUUUCAAAUACGCCAGACCAGUAGAAGAGUGGCUACAAGAAAAAGGGCGGCAGCUGACCAUCUUCAACACCCAGGCCAGCGUGGCCCUCGGGGGCAGUGACCGCGGCCGGCCCUUCCAGGGCCAGCUCUCCGGCCUCUACUACAACGGCCUCAAGGUGCUCAACCUGGCGGCCGAGGGCAACGCCAACGUCAAGAUCAACGGCAGCGUGCGCCUGGUGGGCGACGGCCCCGGCUCCGGGGGCUCCGGGGGCCCCGGGGGCCCCGGCCGCUCCACCGCCACGCCCCCGGAGAUGUCCACCACCUUCAUCGAGACCACCACCACCAUGUCCACCACCACCACGCGCAAACAUCGCUCCUCCCCAACGGUGCAGCACUCCACGGACGAGAUCGUGUCCUCGGCAGAGUGCUCCAGCGACGACGAGGACCUGGAGGAGUGUGAGACCGGCCAUGCAGGUGGGCUAGCGCUCCCCACCGGUCCUGGCGUCAGGCGCGUCCCGGGCUCCGCGGAGGUCCUCCGCGAGGCCAGCAGCACCACCGGGAUGGUCGUCGGGAUAGUGGCGGCCGCCGCCCUGUGCAUCCUCAUCCUGCUGUACGCCAUGUACAAGUACAGGAACAGGGACGAGGGCUCCUACCAGGUGGACGAGAGCCGCAACUACAUCACCAACUCGGCCGUGCAGAGCAACGGGGCCCUGCUGAAGGACAAGCAGCCGGGCUCCAAGGGCGGCAGCAAGAAGCAGCAGCAGAACAAGGACAAGGAGUACUACGUGUGAGUGAGGCGCCAGGGCAGCACGCCGAGAGAGAGAGAGAGCGAGCGUGGGCCUGCUCUCGAGCAGAACCAGAGCGAGAGAGUGAGAGAGAGCGAGAGAGAGAGAGAGAUUGAAAGAGAUUAAGGAGGAAUGGUGAGAACAUUUAACUCUCGGCGUUCCUGUUUCAGGGAGCUGUUGACACAUGACGAUGGUAUGAUCACGGACCUUGGAUCUCUGUGCCAAGAGGACAACUGCUGACAUGUACUGUAAUAUAAAGCACACUUACUAUUGUAAGCAUACAGCAAAACGGCUAACUAGCAACUUUAGUGACCUUACUCUUCAAUCCAGUUCAGAGACGUUAUCAGUGUAGUAACAAUUAGCAGCUACAUCAUUCUCCUAAGUGACUUUUAGAGCUAUGUGAUCCUCAGUUAAAUUACAAAAAAAAUAGAUUUUUUUGUAUACGUGUUGAUGAUGAAUAAGCUCAUCUUAUCUUGACCGAUUUCAGCAUGUAAGCAACAUGUCGUGCUUAACAAGAGGGGGGUCAAGACACGAGAUCAUUGUAAAAGACAACACACGGGAAAAAAAAGGACUCUUUCCAUUUCAGAAUAUGACAAAUUUGUAUUGUUUAUACAUUAUACAAGUGUGGUGUCUUAUUUAUUUCCUUUUUUGCUGUAAGCAAAAAAAAAAGAAGAAAAUUACUGUGUAUCAAAUCAAGUGAGCAAAUUAUAAGGGCAGAUCUCGUAGGAUCUUUUAGCUCUGUGGCAUCUGAUUUAACAACUAUUACUCUCACUGUCUCACUGGCGCAGCGACGCCUUGGGACACACAGUUUGCUUGUGGCAAGAAGUGGUUGGUUAAUCUUGUCCUGGUUUAUAAAAAAUAAAAAUAAGCAACUGAUUGUAAAAUGCAUGCCAUCCUGAUACUACUGGAACGGUACAGUACAGUGCAGUACAGUACAGUGAAAAGUACAUUUCACAAUGUUUUCAACGAAAGACUUUGGGAUUUCCUCCAGGCCAAAACGGUUUUCAUCAUCAGACACACAAUCCUUUAUUUAUUUAUUUUUUUAAGCAGCUCUUUUGAUCCUCAUUUCCCUGAAAUGUCCCCUACAGGAAAAAAUA